GUUUGCCAGCAAUGUGUAACUAUCAAGGUAGCAGAUAAACAGCCAAGAAAAGAAGCGAAGACAAUAGAAAAACAAGAAAUUAUUCCUGCAUCUCGCUCCCGUUGUAUUUAUCUAUUCAUUCCCAGAUCUGUCCGGUUCCCGUUCAACUGAGUUGCUCACCGUACAUCAGUUGCAGUCGAAGCGAAAACCACGGACUCUUUAGACCAAAUUUCUCCCAAGGGGUCGGUGGAAAUAUCGACCCCCUUCAUCCAAAUAUCUCUAAGUUCCCAAGGAUGCACUCAAUAGAAGUUUUCACCUGACACGGACAGAAGAUACUGCCUUCUGCAUACGCUAUCGCUUCUUCCGCCAUGGCUGCACCACCUCCCCUGCAGGCGCCGACGAAUCUACGAAGUAGGCCCCCAGUUCCCGUCGAUCACUAUAUCGGCAUCGACGUUGGCACUGGAAGCGCCCGGGCCUGUAUCGUAAACAGCAACGGCGACAUUGUUGGCCUGGACUCUGAAGAAAUCGGCCUCUGGCAACCACAGCAAGGUUACUAUGAACAAUCUACGGCCAACAUAUGGCAUUGCAUCUGUACCGCUGUUCAACGCGCCAUUAGCCAAAAUAAAGUUGACCCCUCCACAGUCAGGGGCAUCGGGUUUGAUGCAACAUGUUCAUUAGCCGUCUUUUCUAAACGCUCCAAUGAGCCGGUAUCUGUUACAGGCCCGAACUUCGAUACUGACCGCAAUGUCAUCCUGUGGCUGGAUCAUCGACCCGUUGAAGAGACAGAGAAAGUCAAUGCCACCAACCACAAUCUCCUGCGUUAUGUCGGCGGCAAGAUGUCCAUCGAAAUGGAAAUCCCAAAAGUGUUAUGGCUGAAGAACCAUAUGCCCAAAGAACUGUUCUCGCAGUGCAAGUUUUUUGACCUAGCUGACGCUCUGACCCACAUCGCAACCGGCAAUGAAAAGAGGAGUUUUUGUAGUGUCAUAUGCAAACAGGGAUAUGUACCUGUCGGCGUUGAUGGAAGUGUGAAAGGGUGGCAAGAAGACUUCCUCAGAGAAAUCGGCCUCGGUGACUUGGUUGAAGACAAUUUUGUAAGGAUGGGUGGAGUUAACGGGGUGAAUGGUGAUUACCUUAGUGCUGGUGAUCUUGUCGGUACUCUGUGUGAGAAAGCCGCUUCAGAACUUGGACUGCCAGCGGGUAUCGCUAUAGGCAGUGGCGUUAUUGAUGCAUAUGCAGGUUGGAUUGGAACAGUGGGCGCGAAGGUCGAUCUUGGUGCCGGCCAGCUAACCGCUGAUGUUGCCAAUAACGACAAGUCGCAGCUAUUUACACGCCUGGCAUCUGUUGCCGGAACAUCGACCUGCCACCUCGCCAUGCGGCCAAACCCUGUCUUCGUUCCCGGUGUAUGGGGCCCCUAUCGUGAUACGAUCUUGCCUGGUUAUUGGAUGGCCGAAGGGGGCCAGUCUGCUACCGGAGAGCUGCUCAAGUUCGUAAUCGAAACUCACCCGGCUUUUCGACAGGCAAAGUCGCUGGCUGAAUCCUACAAUCCAAACAUUUACAGCUAUUUGAAUGAACACCUCAGGGGGAUGACUCAGCGCGAAGGUGCCCCCAGUGUCUCCUACCUUGCUCGUCACAUAUUCUUCUAUGGAGAUCUCUGGGGCAAUCGAUCCCCAAUUGCAGAUUCGCGAAUGACAGGCUCCAUUAUAGGUAUCUCCAGCAAUAGCAGUGUCGAUGGCCUCUGUCUCCAUUACUAUGCCACCCUAGAAUUCAUCGCCUUGCAGACGAAACAAAUCAUUGACACCAUGAAUAAAGCUGGUCACAACAUUACCUCAAUUUUCAUGUCUGGGUCCCAAUGCCAGAACGAAAUACUGGUAAAACUUAUCGCUUCGGCAUGUGAGAUGCCUGUUCUCAUCCCACAAUACGUCCACGCCGCUGUCUGUCACGGCGCUGCAAUGCUAGGAGCAAAAGCUGCCAGUGCCAAUGCCCAGGGGAAAACGGCCAGUCUUUGGGACAUCAUGGAUCGGAUGAGUAAGCCUGGAAAGAAAGUUACCCCGACUGACGACCCCAAGGAGAAGGCCUUACUCAAGGCCAAGUAUGAUGUUUUCCUUGAACAGUGCUUCAAGCAACAAGAAUACCGAAAGAAUGUCGAUAAAGCCAUCGGCUUAUGGAAGAAGUCUAAUUGAUUUCUUCUUGACAACGUGCCUUAUCUGCACUGUUAUCAGUGCUCACUUGAUACACAGUGAACGCAACACAUACGGCUGCAAAACUUGGUACAGUGCCUUCUUAUGGCAUAACCUCAAAACGCAUAAGAGAUUCCUGGGGGGCCGCUGUACGUGUGCGAGUGUGUAAACAUGGCAUCCCUGGUCCCUCUAGAGUAUAGAUAUGUAUUAUGAAUACUUAGAAGGUUAUAGAGAAGAGAAAAACGGGGCAACCUAAGUUCUUUACAAGGCGCCAAUUACUUAUCGACAUUACGCUUGUGAUGAUAAUUGA